AAAACUCUGGCUGGGGCCGGGCUUUUGCCUUCCUCCUCCUCCUCCUCCUCCUCCUCCUCUUCUUCCCCACCUUCCUGCACCCCUCCCUUCUCCCUCCUCCCACAGCUCAGGUUGCAGCUUUUUUUUUGGAGGGGGGGAUACCACUCACCUUUCGAGAGCCAGGAGAGUCAGGGUCCCGAGUGGGGACCCCGGCAGGGCGUGGGGCGCGGGGCAGGUCACCCAGCCUUGGCCUCGCGGCCGCGGCGGGCGCGAGUCGGCUCGCCGCGACCCGGACACGCGCUGAGACCGCGGCGGCUAGAGAGGGGCACCGCGCCGGGCAAGCUGAGCAAAGGACCCACAACGGCCCCCUGCUGACCAUGAACAAGAUGAAGAACUUUAAGCGAAGGCUUUCCCUGUCCGUGCCCCGCCCAGAGACCAUUGAGGAGUCCUUGGCUGAGUUCACCCAGAGGAACGAGGAUGAGGGUCAGGCCAUCUCGCUCUUUCCCUCCCAGACUUCCUAUGGCGGGGAUGAGCCCAGGCAGCUGUCCCCUGGCAUGCAGUACCCACAACGGCAGAGCCAGCGCCGCUUCUCCAUGGAGGACCUCAACAAGAGGCUCUCUCUGCCCAUGGAUAUCCGCCUGCCCCAGGAAUUCCUGCAGAAGCUACAACUGGAGAGCCCAGGGCUGCCCAAGCCACUCACUCGAAUGUCUCGUCGUGCCUCCCUGUCAGAUAUCGGCUUUGGGAAACUGGAAACGUAUGUGAAACUGGACAAGCUGGGGGAGGGUACCUAUGCCACCGUCUUCAAGGGGCGCAGCAAGCUGACAGAGAACCUCGUGGCCCUGAAGGAGAUCCGGCUGGAGCAUGAGGAGGGAGCACCCUGUACUGCCAUUCGAGAGGUGUCUCUGCUGAAGGACCUGAAACACGCCAAUAUUGUGACCCUGCAUGACCUCAUUCACACAGAUCGGUCCCUCACCCUGGUGUUUGAGUACCUGGACAGUGACCUGAAACAGUAUCUAGACCACUGUGGAAACCUCAUGAGCAUGCACAAUGUCAAGAUUUUCAUGUUCCAGCUGCUCCGGGGCCUGGCCUAUUGCCACCGCCGCAAGAUCCUGCACCGGGACCUGAAGCCCCAGAACCUGCUUAUCAACGAGAGGGGCGAGCUAAAGCUGGCUGACUUUGGCCUGGCCCGUGCCAAAUCAGUGCCUACAAAGACGUAUUCCAAUGAGGUGGUGACUCUCUGGUACAGGCCCCCAGAUGUGCUGCUGGGAUCCACAGAGUACUCUACCCCCAUUGACAUGUGGGGCGUGGGCUGCAUCCUCUAUGAGAUGGCCACCGGGAAGCCCCUCUUCCCAGGCUCUACUGUCAAGGAGGAAUUGUACCUCAUCUUCCGUCUCCUGGGGACUCCUACAGAAGAGACAUGGCCGGGUGUGACGUCCCUCUCUGAGUUUCGAGCCUACAACUUCCCCCGGUACCUGCCACAGCCGCUGCUCAGCCACGCUCCCAGGUUGGAUACUGAAGGCAUCAACCUCUUGACCAGCCUCCUCCUGUAUGAAUCCAAGAGUCGUAUGUCAGCAGAGGCAGCCCUAAGUCACCCCUACUUCCAGUCUCUGGGAGAACGCAUACACCAGCUUGAUGACACUGCCUCCAUCUUCUCCCUGAAAGAGAUCCAGCUCCAAAAGGACCCAGGCUAUCGUGGCCUGGCCUUCCAGCACCCAGGGCGAGGGAAGAACCGGCGACAGAGCAUCUUCUGAGCUGCGUCCACCGUGGUGCAACUCGAGGGACAGGAGGCCACAGGGGACGUGAAUUCAGGAAGUAUGGGGCCUGUGUGGCCAUCCGAGGGCUGAGCAAUGAACGCCUGUGGCCAGUCUGAGGACCACUUGGCAGCCCUGGUGGUAGCAGUUGCUUCCUUUCCUUGCUUGCCACGCACCUCUGUGAUGGUUCCUACCUGGACACCAACCCCUUUGUCACCCACUGUGGGAUGGGGCGUCAGCUGCUUCCCUGAGAGGAAGUGAGGGGCAAGGAGGAACCUGGGACCCUUUCCCAGCUGCAGUGCGGGGUAUUUGGGGGGGGGGGCUGGGUUUGCCUGGCUCAUCAGCCUGACAGACCCCUUCCUUAGCCUUUGGACACUCUCCCUUCACCUUCUUCCCCUCCAAGAACAAGGACUACUCCAGGAACAAGGUCCUGGGACCCUGGAAUUGUGCCAGUGUGUGUGCUAACCCCACCCCAAGGCAGACCUCUCUGGAGCAUCAAAAAAAAAAGGAGCCCCUCCUGUCACCACCCCUCCAUACUGUUUUCCCCUCCUUGCCAGAGCCCUGUGCCCUCUGGCUUGAACCAAAGCUAAAGAGCACAGCAUGCUACCCAUGUCCAGCUGCACCUGGAGGUAAUCUGGGACUCCCAGCUGUACUCCUGCCACCUCAGCCAUCCCCCUGCCCAUCCCCCAGUCUGGAAAGGGUUGCCUUAAACUGGCAGGUGGAAGAGUACACUGUUCCUGGAGCUCUGACCUAGCCCCUGUGUCCCUUCCUCCCUAAACCACGCCCACGGGUGUUAUCAGCCCUGAGGGAUAAUAAGUCAACCCUGUCUCAGGGUCCUGAGGCUGGCACCCAGAUAUGCACGGUCACCCUGACACUGGUACCAAGGUAGCCUUGGCUCUUUGGGGCUGGUGUGGCCUCUCCUCCAUCCACCACCUCCUUCCUAGCCCUGUCUACCUGACCCUGGCACCAACCUCCAAAGAGGGUGGUCCUGAGAGCAAAGGUGCUGGCACCACUAUGUAAGCUGGAGAGGGUACCCUUCCUCCAUACCCACCUCGUGUUCCAGGUCUCCCCACACUUGGUUGAACUUGAAGGGCAAAGGCCAAGGGGACGUCAAGCCCAUGUUUUCUCCACAGGCCCCAUGCCCAUCCCCACCCCUUGGAGCCUGGGUUCUCCCUAACCCCCUUCCCCACUGACUGUGAAUGUCCUGUGACUCAGAGCAAAAGCAGAGAAUAUAUUUAAUUCAUGUUGUA